AUGUUAUUAAUCUUAUUAAUAUUUUUCAUUUUAUUCAUAUUACUUAUAUCUCCAUUUAUUUUAAUUCGUUUAAUAUCUUCAACAAAUAAUAAUGAAUAUAAUGGAAAUUAUCUUUUAGUUAUAGCACAUCCAGAUGAUGAAUGUUUAUUUUUUUCACCUAUUUUAUUAUCUAUUCAUUCCAAUAAAUAUAUAUUAUGUCUUUCAAAUGGAAAUAAUCAACGAUCCGAUGAAUUACGUCGUUCAUGUAUUAAACUUCGUAUUAAUGAUUAUAAAAUAAUUGAUGAUCACAUUAAUUUAAAAGAUAGUCAAUCAGUUUCAUGGUCUUCUGAUGCAAUAUUAGGUCAUGUUAAACACGCAAUACAUCAAUGGAAUAUUUCAACAAUAAUUUCAUUUGAUUAUUAUGGUAUAAGUGGUCAUAAAAAUCAUUCAGCUAUUUAUUAUGCUCUAUUAAAAUUAUCUCAAACAAGAAUAAAUGCAGAGACAAUUCACAAAGAACUUACAACUGCAUUAGGAUCUAAUGCACCAUCAUAUGCCACAGUUGCAAGAUGGGCAAAGCAUUUUCAUGAAGGAAGAGAAAAUAUUAAUGAUGAUUCUCAAUUUGGUCGUCCAAUUUCCAAGUUAACAGAUGUAAAUAUUGAACUAGUACGACAGGUUAUUAACAAUGAUCCACAUUCAACUUAUAAUGAUAUUAUAGCUAAGACUGCUCUCUCUCGUGGUACAAUAGAACGAAUCAUCCAUGAUUAUCUAAAGAUGAGAAAAGUUAAAUCAUGUUGGGUACCUCAUCAACUCAAUGAUGAACAAAAGCAAAAUUGA